AUGUGCUAUUUGACGGUGGAGCCAAAAUGGAUGCAAUAUCGCUGGACUUUGUCUGUGCAGUCCACAUCCCAAUCCUCCAAUUGGAGAACCCAGUCAUCCUCCAAAUGGGAUGAAAGGAACAAGAUCACAGAUCUUGUUUGGAAUGAAUGUGACGUUGAGAUCAAUGGCCACACAGAAAAACACUACUUCGAUGUAAUCAACAUUGACAGAUACAAUGCCAUAUUUGGUACCCCCUGGUUAAACAAAAACCAGGGCUCAACUAGAGGGGGAUCUGAGAGCUCUGGUAGUGGACCGAAGCUUCUCCAGGAAGCCCAGUUCUGCUGGAUGGUACAAGAGGCUCUAAGAAGGACGUGGCCUCAGCGACUCGGAGGGAGCACUGUGCCUCUGUUACGUCUCAAAGAGACAGCAUGGACACAAAUCCUUGGGCUCUUCAACCAUCAAUUAUUGGUAGAGCAGAGAAGCACAUGGGUGGAUGUGGGGCUGGAAAUCCACAGGAGGGAAUUUGUCCUCCACUGGGAUGCAUCCAAGCAUAAUGAUGUCUUUCAGGUCCUUGCCCAUGGGUAUCAGGGAGAGGUUGAAAGAGGUUGGACCACACCUGAACAAGAAGGGUAUUUUUGUGAUGUUCAAGCAGGCAUCCUAUUGUUGGCUAGUGGCCAUUGUGCAUUACCCCAUCAUGCACAGUUGCCUGUUUAUGCACAGUGGUAUGCUUCUGAGAAGGCAGUUGCCAGAAGGGCAGACAAAUUCCAUCCCAUGCUGGAGAUCAGCAAGAAAAAUGUCCUUCUGGAAAAGAACCAAAAGAAACUGCAGCAAGAAUUCAAUAACCUGGAUCAAGUGUGGAGUUUAGCCAACAAGGAGUGCACAGAGGGAACAGCCAGAAUGGAGAUUUGUGUGCCACUGGGGAAAGCAAGGAAUGCAUUGAAGAGGGGCAUAACCAGGGAGUUUAUCAAGGAAUGCAUCAUCUUUGUACCUGCUGGAUGGUGGUGGGUGCAGCCUUAUGCACUGGAGCUCACUGCAGCACUCCUAUGGCACAUCAACAUGCUCAACAGCAGGCCUGCCACAGGCUCCUCAGAGCAUGCACUCAUGUGUGCUUCCCUCCCAGUGACUGUAACAUCCUACACCCAGAUGUCCUGGAUGGAUGUGACAGAAACCCACACAGAGACCAUUCUGAGGGUGAACAAUGUCACCCAUUUGCACCUGGAAAUGUUCUCUGGUUCAGGGACAUCAGUUAUGGUGGCGCCUCCAAUUUGGCCACUGGAUGAGGACCAUUUUAACCACCUCCUGCUCUCUGCCACCCUCUACACUGCAGCAAGAGCCCCUUUCCAUCUCCCCAGACCUCACUGUACAGAAGCCCCCCCUGUACUUGAACCAGAACAUGAGCUUCCAGCCAAUCUUCAUGUCAAACUCAAGAAGCAUGAUAUCAAGCACCUGAGGACUGCCUACUCCGCCGAAGACCACCAUUCCACACCCCAGCUUGUUCAAGGGACCACCUCAAUAAUCUACACAAAGUCUCUCCACCAGAUUAUCCAGUAUUUCUAUUCCAAUGUCCUUCAGACCAUCCCAGUACCACAGACCCCAUCUUCUGAGGUGUUCUAUCACAUCGUCUGUGAUCCAGACAACCCAGUAACUGCAAAAAAGUGUAAUCCCAAGUCAUGA